AUGUCAGGCAUUGAAUUAGCAGGUCUCGUCCUCGGAGCGAUCCCUGUCGUCGUAGCUGGUCUCGAGAGCUACAUCAAAGGAGUGGCAACAAUCAAGCGAUAUUUCAAGUACAAGAACGAACUGAAGAGCCUGCGCACAUCUCUUACGACCGAAUAUGAUAUCUUCCGUAACAGCUGCGAAGAGCUCCUUGAGGGGCUGGUGCAGACACAGAAGAUGGCACUUCUACUUAUAGACCCUGGUGGAGCACUCUGGAAAGACCCUGCGAUAGAGAAAAAGCUCAGACGUCGACUGCAGGACGCGUACUCUGGGUAUUUGGACACUAUUGACGACAUGGAAUUGGCAAUUGAGGAAUUCAAGAGGAGACUUAAACUUAAGGACGGAAAGGUACAAUUCGACGAUGUCAGCGCUUUCAAACAAGAAUACAAAAGACUCAAAUUUAGCCUUGACAAAUCAGCGUACGAAGAUUUGAUGGUCAGAAUAAGACAGGACAACCAAACACUCAGCCGAUUGACGAAGCAAAGCCUGAGGCUAGAAGUCUCUCGGGUCAAAAGAUAUCGUCAUGUCCCUGAUUUCAAAGGUGUCCGAUAUUGUGCCAAGAGCAUCUUUGACACGUUGAGUUCUGGUUGGAAAUGCAGCUGUCAGGGGCCACAUACCGCGAAUCUGCGUUUGGAGUCCAGGAUUGAAGAUGUUGAGUCAGAUCUGGAGAAAGACGGACUGGCAAUGGAGCAGCCACGAUUUCGGAUUGUGUUCUCGUACAGCCAUGCCAGUCUGGUGUCAGCUUCCACGCCCUGGUCAUGGGAGGAAGCCGAUAUCCGCCUACUCAAGGAGAAACAGAACCAUGAUAAUCCAAAUGGACCUAACCCCGUGCCGGCGCCGAACAAGAAGAAGGGUGUCCGAUUCCAAGACCAAGCCGAAGCUGCCGUAACUAAGGCGCUGGACAAGCAGCCAGACUUAGAACCUAUCAAGGAUCUCUGCAGAGCCAUCCAGACCCUCCAACAGACACAGCGCGAGCAAUGUCUGGGAUUUCUAGUGGACGAGUUUACGCGGCAGAAACAUGGUAUUUAUCCUCUCCAAAGGCCUUCAGUUGACAAGGACAAAUGGUCGGCCGUGUCUCUCCAAAACCUGAUACCCCAGAAAUCAACCAUUCAACAUCGAUUUACUCGGGGCGACAAACUCCGCCUAGCUGUGAUCCUCGCCUCAAGUGUCCUACAAUUAUACGAAACGCCGUGGCUGGAGAAGACUUGGCAGAGAGACGACAUCAUGUUCAUCCACGCCGCCAACGGACCUCUGUACGAGCAACCUUUCGUCUCGAGAAGUUUUCCGAUGAACAAAUCUUCCCCACGGCCUGGAAUCACCAGCAAACCAAGCAUGAUGCCCGCGAUUCGGAACCCCGUCCUGUUCGCGCUUGGCGUUCUCCUCAUCGAGCUGUGUCUCGGCAAGCCGCUGGAGGAACUCAAGCGCCCGGACGAGCGGACCCGUGACGCUAGCGUCGAUGCCACGCUCGACUGGGUCGCCGCGGACCGGCUGGUCGAGGAUGUGUAUCUGGAAGGAGGGAGCCGCUAUGGUGACGCCGUCAGGCAUUGCAUCCGUUGCGACUUUGACCGGCGCGAGACGAGUCUGGAGGAUGACGACUUUCAACAGGCGGUUUACGAAGGCGUCGUCUCCUUGCUGGAAGAUGAUCUCAAGCAGUUUCACCACUUAUGA